CGAGCGAUGCCGACUGAGCCCUUCGACUGGAGAAGAAGAUCCGAGCAACGCGGUUCGCUGGGUCUGGUGGUCUGGCUGGGUGUCAGUUGGUCUAUGGCAGUGAGUGUGUGAGGUCGUUAGUGGUGAUCCGUCUUCCGACUGUGUUGGAUUAUUUCGUCAGUACUUGUCAGAAUCACACGGCAGACCGCAGUUCGCCCAGAAGGAUCUCGGAAUUCGCACCUCAUCGCGUAAAACAACAGUUUGUCCUUGGUUACGAGGGAGACGAGACAUAAACACACACGGCACCUUUGUCUGUCAAGAUGGGGGACACGUUCAGGGCGCGAGACAUCAGCCUGAAGGCGCAGAAGAAGUUGCUGAGCAAGAUCUCCAACAAGAGCAUGGCCAAGAACUUCAUCGACGACACCCACGCUAGCAUACUAGACAACAUGUACAAUCUCGCCAAAGCUUACACGGGCAACAAGAAAGAAGCUGAGAAGUUAGUCAAGAACAUCAUCAAAAUUAUCGUCAAAAUUGACUUCCUCUCCAGAAACAAACUCUUUUCAGAUGAAGACCUCAAAGUGGCCGAUCAGCUCAAGGACAAAUUCACCACGAUCGUCAAAACCGUCAUCAGCUUCUUCGAGGUCGACUUCACCUUCGACAAGAACUUCCUGACGAAGAACAUCAACGACUGCCGAGCGAUCCUGAAGGACCUGGUGGGCAACCACCUCUCAGACAAGACCCUCGGGAGGAUAGAUCACGUUCUGGACUUCUUCACGGACUCCGCCUUCCUGGAGGAGAUGUUCAAGACGGACUCCCAGCACCGGCCUCUCCUUCAGUCCAUCAUCGGAGACAUGAGCAAAGCCUUCGACGAGGGGCGGAUCUGAAGUCAGUCUCCGUAGGUUUUAGGGUCUUUGUAACUCUUAGAUCGGCGUGUCUUCUUCACUCUACCGGGAACGUGCGUUACGAAAGACGCAGAAAUAUUCCGCGCGUGCGCAGUGACGUAUUCGAACGCUGCCCGGAAGUGCACUACUACUAUAUAGACAGUCUGGGUCAGAGUGGUUACGAUCACUGUGACCUCUGCAAAAUGGUAGUUUUCUAUAAAGGCAUUUUUAAGAAGACCGCGAGAAACCUACGCUAUUAUAAGUGUCAAACGCUGUAUUAUUGUAUUUGGCUCAAAAAAAAAAGGAUAUAUGUAAGUUUACUAAGUUUUCUAAUAUAACAUAUCGGAAGACGAGAAAUGUGAUAAUCAUAUCUAGAUGAAUCUAAAUAAGAAACCGUGGCAGAUAGAUCAGGUAAAUUGUCACGUGAUUGUGUGUAAAUUAAUUACAAACCAUAGAAGGAACUAAGGAAGGUUGAACAGGAAGAUAUGACUUUACCUGUUCCUCGAAAAAAGAAAAUAUAUAUAUAAUCGACUGUACUGGAUGGCUAGGCCCAUGCAGCCAUCUCGCCCUAAUUAAUCAAAAUGGUAGAAUUUAAUGGCAAGAUCUCUCCAAUAUUUUAAUUAGUUUAUCAUCAUAAACUUUUGAAUUCGCGUUUUGUAAUAGGCAACUUAUGUAGUUGAAUUUUAAAGUGGUUUAAACUGGUCACAAGCCUUCAGUCUGUAGUAGUUUAGCUAAUUAAGAGAAAUCCUGACAUUUUAAAUAAGCCUGUAUGAUCCGUAUGCAGUCUGAGUGUACUGGAAAGUGCUAUAUUAUCGUUUCCCUUUGUUGCAUCGUUUCUCUUGACUGUUCUGUUUUUUUCCCUUUGCAACAGUAACAAGAUUGUCUUGGUUGCAAAAAGAAAAAGAAAAAACAAUUAUUUAUAACCGAAUAAAAAAUACGAGCGCAAAAGCAAGCGCUUGAGAAUGCAUUUACUAUGUAAUUCAUCAGUAAAAUUCUCAGUGAAAGUCAUGUAUCAAUAGUCCAUAGCUUUAAGCAUUGUUCAUUCACGUAGCUUCUCAGCCUUUUUGAGCAUGCAUAAUGCAUCCAGUGGUAUGCAAAUUAACAGCACCGAGGGGACUCUGCACAGACAAUACGCACUCCUCUUACACGCCAUUGUCAUUCCAAGACGUCUAAGUAGCGUUCUUCAGUUGUCAACAAACUAAAUUUCAAAGUCUUUGAUUUGAAGUCUUGGUUUCUCAUUGCUGUCCCCCAUUGCGUACUUAUUAGGAGAGGUUAAGUUUCCCGUACUUAAAUGCUUAAACGCUGAAGUGACAGAUGAAUCUUCAUUGCAUUUGAUUGUAGCUGCAUUGCUCUUUGACGAGGAUAAAAGUCGUAUAUUGUGUUAAGUAUAAACGUCCUGUCUGAGAAUGACAAUGUUUGGGGAAUCUGUUCCUUCUUCAUCAUAUCUACGAUGCUCUGGUCAAUAAUGACACAAUCUGCUGUCCUACAGUCUGAUGAAACUCAUUAUAUCCGAACGGUAAUGCACAAGUAAUGCACAUUUAUCUCCUUUGUUUUUAUAACUGGGAGAUACCUUAUAAGCACAAGGGAUUGACUGAUUCAUGGUUAUGAAAACUGGCGUCGCAACGUCUAGUUUAGCACAAGGGAUCGUUUUGUCACCUCAGCUAUGCAGUUGAGGGCUUCCAAAAUGAAAUUAACAGUUGAAAUCAUUUCACCUAUACGUAGUCUUAAAUAAAUAAUUUUUUUAUCGCCAGUGAACCUAGUUUUACGAAAAUGUAAUGUACGUAUUAAAGAGCUUUCGCUUGCUGGUACGUUUCUCUCAUAUAGGUUUUACAUCUUAGGUUACGACACAACUCUCUUUCAAAGAGGAUUAAGGCAUAAUAUAUCUUUUUGAAGAUUGAAAUGGGAUUUCUGUUUGUUUCCAGUAAUGAACAAACUCUGUCAGUUAAACUGCAUUCUAUAGUAGACGUCAAUAAUUUAACUUGGCUCGUGAAUUUUUACUCAGAAGUUCACAAGAAAUUGCGCGGUUCAUUAACUGCUGCUUCUACUGCAAUGCUUUGGAAUUUUCCUUCUCCUUCUGGUUUCCUUAGUGCUUGUGAUCUUGUAUCCCUUAAGAGGUAAGGCCAUCACUUUAUGGCUGACCUUCACCUUUCAUCUUUUUUUUUUCUCCCCAAGAGUCGUUAAUAGCAUUCGAUUGCUUGUCCAGCUAAGCAGUGCACUUGAAAAUAUGUCAUAACGAGGAUUAGGACUUCAUAUAUCACCUUCUUUAGUGUAAAUGUAAUGCAUUAUGGCCACCAGGAUUCUCUAUUGGUAAUGACUCCAGAUUAGCCUCACGAUAGUUAUAAGUGCAAAUAUUUUGCCAUAUUGUUAAUGGUAUGAACUGGUAGACUAGUGUAAUCUGUCAGUGUUUAUGAAGAUCAAAAAGGUACGCCAGUACUGAAGUCGUGAGAAAUGCUAUUCUGAGGUUUCCCUUUCAUCAUUAAUAACAGUUAAACUCUUGGCCCUUGAUAACAGACUCACAGGGAGUUAAGGGGUUACCCAUCAGUAGCAGUAUCUGUCAACAAAAAGUUUUCGUGCAUAGUCCAGGGUGGAAUUUUUCUGGCAAAAUAAUUCCCUAAACCUCUUCAAGAAUUAAAACAAUCACAAAAUAUUAGCCUGUUGACAAAAGAAUGUAUAAACUAUAAUGAAUUACUGCUUGGUUAUGUAGGGGUGACUCGAUACCUUUUGCCAUGUGAUCCAGCCACGACUGAAGGACAUACAGUCAAGGGUAGAGAUCGCUGUCGUAAAUGUGUAGGACAGAAGGUGGAGGAACCAUAAUCAUGGAUAUACUGACAAAGUGGAUAAAGAGGUGCUCGGCUGAGAAGCAAUUUAUGGAAAUUGGAUGGAGGUGUCAGAACUUGAAGAAGGACUCAUCAUGGGUCAUUGAAGCCAGCUCUUUGACCUGAGAAAGUGGUCUAUGGUACAGCACUGUCUGUUUUCUGGCGACCAUCUGUUGAUACCAGAUUCCUGAAUGCUUGCAUGGUGUUGUGCGUCUGGCCUACUAGUCUGAUGUACCUUCAAUUAUAUAAAAGAGCCUUUGGAGAAUUGUGUUGCUCUGUUUAUUUCUCGUGUUCAGGAUAGGGCUCACAUAAGCUGAGACUGGCUGUCUAUAUUUGUUGAACUUGAUAGCCAGACCCUCCUCCUUCGUUUAACUACAGUUCAGGAGCAUUAAGGGACAUCAGAGAUCAAGGUCCAGGGGCAGAAGGUCAUGCUGGGAGAGUGGAUACCUGAGAAAGGCUCGGUAGCAGGAGUCGAUAAGAGGUCACAGCUAGAGAAACUAUGAAAGAAGCCAGUCAUGAUUAAUCCAGCCAUCUCUUAUCCUAGACAAUGAGUCAGGCGUUUUUGUUGUGUUCUCAUAACGCUUUUUGUUUUUGAAUUCCUGCAUUUGGAGUUACCAGUUCAUUGUACCCACUUAACUAUUUAGUGACAUUAUCCAUAUGUUGAUUUGUAUGGAAGAGCAUGGGGAGAAAUUUUUUUCAUAUGGCUUUUAUAACUUAAUUCUAUGUAAAAAAAAAAGUUCAUUCUCAAACUAUAUUUUAUGGCUAGGUUUUCCGUUACUCUACGCAAGUUUUAAUGGUUAUGUUGCAAGCAUGCUGCUCCAAAUGCUUGGAUUCUGCCAUUAUAGAGAGCAAUGCCCACUCACGAUUUCUGCAUAAAAGAAUUUUACACUAUUUUAUUUCAUGUGAGAAAUAGCAUUUUUGCUUGUAGCUUCGCAACAGCAAUGUGAGCUAUGGCACAGGGAUUGAACUUUGCUACAAACUUCUUUCACUAUUCGAUGGCUAUUUUUGUACCACUCAUUGUUUGUUCGUCUAUAUCAUGACAGUUGCCAAAACAGGGGGCGGUCGUCUAUCAAGUAUCCAAUUCUAGCUUCUACACCACAUUCAGAGGAUCAUGACUUUUGAAAGGCACUGAACACGACUCAGUAUUGCACAGGUUACAGUGCAAUGGAGAAUGCACUGUACAGAAUUGUGCACAUGUACCAUACAAACCAUACAAGGAAGUUACAGAAGAUGCUCUCUUAGUACCAUUUUUUUCUGCACAAGGAUAUAUAUAGUUUAUUUUCUCAACACAUCAUGACGGAUGCACGAGGUGGGAUAUUCAUCUCUUCACUUACAUAUUAAGCAGCUUGCACUUCUAGCACAGCAUCCUGUCUACUCCGUCAGAAUGAUCAGAAAAGUUCUGACAGCAGACUCUGUUCACUUUCUGACGAAAUGGGAAGAGAGGAUUUCAUCAAAUUUCAUUAGCAAACAAUAAGUCUACUUUUCUAAUUUCACCGUCUGACGCUUAGAUUGCUGAAGCUAUAUGCUGUCGCUUAAUCGUGCAGGUAAAAUGAUCAUUUCCCCCUCUUUUUUUUGCUGUGCCAGUAGCUUUCCUUUCUGUAAUAGCGUUUUGAACGAAAUCUGAUGGUAUGCAAAUUAGCCCUUGACUGAGAACUAUUACUUCAUAAGCUUACAAAGAUGGAUGUACGUAGUACUAUACUGAAAUUCUGCAAGUUUUUUUUUUUUUUUUUUUUUUUUUUGGUGGUGACAGUGACUUGUUUAUUACGGUACUCUUUAUCAUUAUUAUUAUUAUUAUUAUUAUUAUUAUUAUUAUUAUUAUUAUUGUUGUUGUUGUUACAUGAAACCUAUUCAUGCAACAAGCCCACACACAGGGGCCAUUGACUUGAAAUUCAAGCUUCCAAAGGAUAUGGUGUUCAUUAGGAAGAAGCAAGACGAGGUAAAGGGAAAUAUAGAAAGAAGAGGCCCCACUCAUUAAAAAAGAUAAUUUUUAAUUUUCAAGAGAAACUGAAAUGUAACUAUAGAAAGCUUUCAUAAUCUCCGGAUAUAGAAGGUUAGAGGAACCAUUCCUUAUGUACCUAAUAUUUAUUCUCAUAAGACUUACGUUACUCUUUUUAGUUUUAGUGUACUAUUUGCCUACUGAGUUUUCCAUAGAAGUGUUAAAUGUAAGGAUUGUACAUAAAAUCUGCUUUAACCUUUGCUGUGAAUUCCUCACUUCUGUUCUCACUAUUGCAACCUAGGUAAGCAUAGUAUAAAACAAAUGACCAGUAAUAAUGUUUCUUCAUUAUUAUAAAGGUAACUCUUGGAUGCACUAAUGUUGUUCUACAUUAAUACUGUGAAAAAAUGUAUAUACUACUCUACUGUUUUCUUGAUACAUAUCAGUAAGUCAGUGUUAUCUUUACAGUAAGAGAACGUUAUCCAGUGCCUCUGGUUUCAUCAAUUUUUUUUCUUUUUUUAUUUAGAUUAGAGUAAUCUCUUUUAAAAUAGAUUACUGGUUUGCAAUAAUUGUCUUUAGUGUCGAGAACGUUUUGCGCACCAUGUAGCGUUUCAUUUUCUUGUUUCCUUUUGUCAGUGAACAGAUGUUACCUGCCGCUACUAUGAUGUUAAACAUUUUAGUGUCUGCAGUGUUCACAGUCUGGAACUUUUCUGACGUCAGUUAAUCAUUUUUAUGAUCACAUCAAUGUUUUGUAUUUUUAUAAGCAUAAUAUCUUUCAUAGAUAAGGUGUAUAAAACUACAUACAUGAACGGAAUGUAACAGCAGUUUAUCAGUGAAAUAUUCUGAAAUAUUUUGAAAUGAGCCGUGAAAGUGUUUUUGCCUUUCAUAAUUUCAUAACCAAAGUAGUAAAAAUUGGUAUUAGAAAUUAUUGCUAGGCAUGAAAUUAUAUUUAAUUCAAAGUUUAUCUUUAUUCAUCUAGUUGAUGACUUUCAGCUGUCUUUAAAGAUUCAAUCAAAACUGGAUUUCCCCUUCAAUUUCAAUUUAUUCCUGGUUGACUAUCAAUUUGCUUUAGUUAAUGUUUUGACCAAGACUAAAGAACCUUUAAAAGAUCAUUUUUAUGUAGCCUUGAUUUUCAUUUAUAGUUUGUAUAUGCAUCAAUACAUGCACACAUGUAUGCAUAUAUGAAAAUGCCUGUUUAACCCUUGAUGCUUAUCAUACACCAACAACCUUAAGGAUUUGUAUGGAAGAUGUUAUGCUUUACAAAAAUUCUAUCACAAUCUUAUAGCAAUUUAUUUGUUAUAUUUAAUUAAUGUACAGCUUAAAUUCAUAUUAUGUAUCUUGUGGAUGGUCUGAUGAAAAGGGAAAGUUGUUUUUCGUGAGUUGAAAUUCGACCAACGGCAUUGGACCUGCAAUCUUGUUUUCUCCUCUCUUCUGAUUUCACGGACUGGUGUGACUGGUUGUAGAAAAGUGAGGUUUGUUCAUAAUGUAAAUAAUCACAGUGUACUCGAUUUCUGGGUCGGAGGAUUGGUAUAAGAGACAUUGGAAAGAAAACGGUUUUUUAUAAUGCAUUUCUUUUUUGUACAAAGCAAUAUUGUAUCUAUAACAUGAAUAUACAUACUAUAUGAAAAAUAUAUAUUUUCAAUCUGUGA